AUGAUUAUUGAAGUGAAUUGCAUUUUCUUCUAAGUUAUUAAUUAUAUUAAAAUUAAUAAAUUUCAAAUAUCUAGAAGAUACCAGCCAUUGAGAUCAUAUUUAAAAAUAAUAAUACCAUAAGGACAACUUAUUCAUUAAAAAUCUCUUAAACCAAAUAUUGUCUCAUUUUCAUAGUUUCAUAAAAAGUUAGCGAUCUCUUAAGAUAAUUCAAAAUAUGUAACAUACUGGCAAAAUAAAUCGAGAUCAACUGUUCAAAGCGAUUUUAGAGUUACAAUACUCUAAACUAAAACAUCAGUAAAUAACUUUAGAUAUGGAUUUAUGUAGAUGAACUCCUGAAUUACAAUUCUUAAAUCCAUUUUGUAGAAGUUUAUGUGCAUUCAAUCAAAAGUAUUAAUAUAUUUAAAUAUUAAUUCAGAGUUACUUUGCAGAGAGUAAAAAGAAUAUAGCAUAAUUACAAGAUAAGUCAAAUAGAAUAUGUUGAGAGAUGUUGACUAUUACUCUUAAAUUCGAAUUUGA